AUGACUGUGGAGACUGCAUAUUGGAAGUCGCUUGAGACGUUGAUUGGUUGGAUGAAUCGCGAGGUUAAUUUGAGAAAGACCCUUGUGUUCUUUCGAAGCUACGCUCCUGUGCAUUACAGUGGUGGGGACUGGAAGCAUGGUGGUCGGUGUCAUCUUAACACAGAACCAGAACGGGGAGAAGAAGUGGCAUAUGAACCGAACAUGGAAGCAAGAAUGACGACUGAUGUGUUGAUGGAAAUAGUGGAGAAGGCGCGGUUACAAAACAACGUGAAACUGCUGAAUGCGACUGAGAUGACGUUCCGAAGGAAAGAUGGUCAUUCCUCUAUUUAUCAGUCCAAUCCUUGGUCCCCGAUCCACCGGCAAGAUUGCAGCCAUUGGUGCCUUCCCGGUGUCCCUGACACCUUGAAUGAACUUCUCUACGCUCUCUUCUUAAAAUACGACUUCACUUCUACACAUAUCUGA